AAUGGUGCUAUUUUCCCCGCCGCUCGGGGUUAUACGACCGGGUAUCGCUCGGUACUAUUCUUACUUAAGCAGAGAAAUCGCAAUCUAAAGGUACUGCUUUCUAUCGGCGGCUGGUCUUAUUCUAAGAAUUUCGGGGCCUCACUCAGUACCGCUACUGGCAGAGCAGCUUUUGUUUCUUCCACCGUGGAUCUUGAUAACGUCGCCGGACACGAUACUAAUAUCUAUCUAUCCAUUAAUAAUUGCCCCAGUACCCCUUUUAAUACAGACAAGGCAAUUUACUACUACAUAACUAGCGGUAUAGAUGCCAAGAAAAUUGUGCUAGGGAUGCCACUAUACGGUAGGUCCUUUUUGGACACUGACGGUCCAGGUAAGAGUUAUAAUAGGGAUUAUAAAGCUCUGCCUCUGAAAGGUUCCAACGUUAACUAUAUAGAGCAAACAAUCUCUAGCUAUAGCUAUGAUCCUACCUAG